AUGCUCGUGCCAAGCUUGAGAAGUUUGGCCUUGUCGACAUUGAUGCUUUGUGCCGCUGCACAGGACAUACGAAAACCCGACCCUUCGCCGUUCUUUCACAUCACAGUCAAUACGUACAGACUGGAAUUAGUAUUCCGCGUCAAAUGCCGCAUCACGCCUUCCUAUUCGCUUGACUUCGAUCUGGAUAUACACGAAAGGGCUCAAGCAGACAUCAUAAUUACAAAUGCCUCCGGCAUUGCUGUCCGCUUCGAUGAACGUGUGCUCUAUUCACGCGAAUUCGUCAAAGUGUGGACGUCCUAUCGAAAGCAACCUGUCAUGCGCUUCGAUCUGGCGGUCGAGAGCGAGCCACUGCAAGACGAGUUCAACAACUGUUGCUAUGGCCGUCUCGAGAUGCAGGUCAAGAUCAACGAUGACGAAGAAACGGUAGACCCCACCGUGCCCGUCUUUAUGCUACACUGCUUGAAGGAUGGCGAGAUCAACACCCCGACUCAUCAAACAGGCACUCAUCAAAUACAAGCCGUCUUUUGUACGCAGGCCGGUAGAUCUGCGCAUCGAUCUGACAUAACAGAAAAGUACUGUGACGAUGUCGGCUAUUGGGACACCAAGAAACCAUUGACGGUCGUCAUGUCUGUGGAACGUUGGUCUGAUCGCGAGGAACCCUCCAUCGACUUCACGGCGUUCGAUCACACAACCCUUGUCGGCAUUGUCGAGUACAAAGACGGUGGGGUUAUCAUCGAAGUGGGCUAUGACGACAGACUUCGACGGUUCUCCGACCGAUGGUUUCUCAACAUAUCUGCGUGCUGCAGGAUCUCCAUGCGCCAGCAAAUCUGGUUCUCGCUCACCAACAGUACUUGGCAAAUGGGCUCGACUGAUGGACAUCGCUUCUGCGCACCUCUCGAGGAUGCACAUGCGAGCCCGAGCUGCAAGUUUCGCCCUUCAUCACUGGCCAGUAGCACAGAUGUCAAGAUUGCGAUCCACAUAUUCUUGAUCACCUCGGUGCGCAAUCGGCAAGAAAGGUCAGGCCACCACUCACAAACAGAGGAGCACAGGAACAGGAUGACUCUCCUCUCUGCAGUGCUUGGAUCCCUCGUUGCAUGUCAAACCUCGCAUAAACGACGGGCCCUCACUGCAUCUGCAGCCGCGAGCCUGUUCGAUCCCGAAGGUCUCAGACUACUCAAUAUAACUUAUUCGGGCUCGGCUAGCUGCUCGGCUGCUGGAAUGCUUUGGCUGUUGCCACCCGCUUCUGUCCGAGUCGAGAUAUCGUUCGGCGCUGAAAAACCGCUCAUUGGAUUCGCUCCGCCAGUCGCAUACACCUCGGUCGGUAUCGCCUCACAGAACGAGACUGCAGGUGCGAUGAUAGAGCUCCGACUAAAGCGACACCCAGAGCCAGAAGGCAUCUGGGAACUUUUCUGGCACUCUGACGCGUGUUGCUCAAUCUAUCUAUUCGCGAAUAUAUGGCUGUCGUUGACCUCUGACUCACACAAACAAGAUUCGCUGCGAGUGUAUAGAGUCUGCUCGCCAUUAUCAACUGCCGACGCAACCGAAGAGUGCCGCUACAAUUACGUCACCCAUGGCCUGGACCCCUAUGCUGACUGUGACAUGAGCAAGCUCGCACUGAAAAUCGGCUGA